CAAAAUGAAUAAUAAAACAAAUUAAAAUAUUCUGUAUAUAAUAAACACUACACCAAUAGAAAAUACACUGCGCCAAAAAUACGUUGCUGUAUAAUGUGUUUUUUGCCUUAGUCUAGAAAGUUAAAGAACAUACCUCGUAUAACAGCAAUAUUUAUAAAACACGCUCCAAUAUUAAUUUAAGGUGCAACCAGAGAACAAUAACCACAUGUGGUUAUUGUUCUGGUGGUGUGGUUAUUGUUCUCUGGUGCAACCAACAAUGAUACUAAGGAAACAAUAAGUGGCAAAAACAUAAUUACAAAAGCCGUUCUUGAUAUCAGUGUAGAAUGGAAGGUUUAUAAGAAGACAGCAUAUUUUUAUACUUAUAUUUUGUAGUACAUAAUUUAAAUGUGACCUUUAUCAAAAGUGAUAUUUUUACUUGUUGAUGAUAAGAGCUUCGUUCUUGACUUGUGCCAAAUCAAUACCAACAAGUACAAAAAAGAAUCAACACUAAUGAAUUGAGAUUUGUCCCCAAGAAAUUAAUUAAAAUGUUUGUUACUCCAGGAUUCACCGAUAUUUCUAAAGGAACCUUGCGACAGUUAUCGGCCGUAUUAGCAGGGACUCUGUGUGCUUUAAGCGAUGGAAUGCAUUAUGGUUGGAGUGCUCCCGUAGUUCCAAUACUGCUGAGCAGUGACUCACCAAUUCCCAUUACAAAAUAUCAGGGAGAAUGGUUGGAAAAUGCAUUUAUAAUUGGAGGAGUUAUUGGGCUUUGGCCAACAAUGUACUUCGCAGAUAAAGUAGGCCGAAAAAAAUCAAUUUUACUGGCAUCCUUUGUAUCUAUGAUUGUCUGGAUUACAAUUGCUCUGGCCCCAAGUGUGGAAUAUAUUAUUGUGGCAAGAGGAGUGGCUGGGGCAGCCGGAAACAUGGCAUUCGUAGCAACUCCAAUGUAUAUUGCUGAAAUAGCUGACCAAAAAAUAAGGGGUUUUUUAAGUGGUUUAAUUUAUUUUAUGGCGCUUUGUGGAAUUCUUUUGAUCUAUUGUAUUGCUUCGUUUUUUCCCAUAUAUGUACAUUGCCUUUUAGGAGCAGCACUUGUCUUUAUAGAACUAAUUUGGUUUUCGUUUAUGCCAGAGAGUCCUUAUUAUCUCUUAACUAAAAACCAGCCGGAAUCUGACAGAAAUGCUCUAAGCAGACUAAGAUAGAACGAAGCAGACAUAGAUGAAGAGAUCAAACACAUUAAAUUUGCUGUAGAUCAGGAAAGAACUGAUCGAAAACGAUUUCUGGAUCUGUUUAUGAUAGCAAGCAAUAGAAAAGCACUGUUUAUAAUGACGUAUCUUCAUUUUUUACAACAUUUUGGCGGUGUUACCGUAUUUUUAAUGAACAUGCAUAUUAUUUUACAAGAAGCUGGAUCUACCUAUAUGGAUUCUCAUAUAACGGCAAUCGUAUUCGGAGCUAUCAUGCUAGUAGCGUCACUAACGGGAUCAAUUUUAGUAGAUCAAUUUGGAAGAAAAAUUUUACUUAUUAGUUCAAGUCUUUCAACAGGAUUCUGUUUGCUAACAUUAGCGUGUUAUUUUAAUUUAAAAAACGUUGAAUUAAACACUGCUAGCUUUAGUUGGAUUCCUAUUGCAUGUGU